CGAUGUUUUUUUUUUGUUGUAGUUGGUUUUGCCCUCCCCCGAAAGUGGAUCGGGUUGUCCCGGUCACGCGUACACGCGUAGCUGCGCAUGUUUCAGCCUAACCCGGCACUACCACCACAUGCUGGCAAACAUGCUGGCAGUGUGGUGUUGUGAUAGCGCACAGGGUGCCAUAAAACGGUUAGGACCGUUUUCGCUUUCGGGAGUUUUGCUUUUUUUUCUUCUCCUGGCCACUACCAAGCUCGGGUCGGAAUUUUCCUGCUGGAUCGUUUUGUGUUGCGAUUGCAGCGCAGCAGCAGGUUUGGCCAGUAUUUCUGCAUCUUCCGACUAGUGUGGAUGUGAUCAUAGUACCGUGUGUUUUCGUGAGUGUGAUCCUCUUCCGCUUUUGCCCAUCCAGACAGACUGUGUGUUUGAACGUCAACGGUUAACCGCGUGAUUUGAUGCAGUGGCUUCAAUUUGGUUUAUUAAGAGUUGCAAUCGAAGGUUUCCACCUGUGAGCGAAAAUGUAGAAAUAAUUUUCCUUACCUACACUCUAUCGGUUGGAAAAUCAUCAAUUAUGAAAAUGUGAAGAUUUUAAACACAAAAUUCUAUCACCAACAAAAAAGCCCUUUUUAAAUGUUUAAAAUUGAAUAAAUCAAUUAAAAUGGUUUAAAAAACUCUAAAUAGCAAAUUAUCCUUUAAAUAAUGAAAAACUUUCUAAUGGAGACGCCUGGUGCUUUGUUCGAAAACUAACUUUAGUGUUGAGUGAUUUGUGAGUUCCUCUGACAAAAAGUGAUUGUUUAAAAGUGUUACAACAGAGAGAUAAAAAAAUAUUCCUCCCUCCCCCCUCCUCCCGAAAAAAAAGAAGUUGAGCUGCAUUCCCUCAAUUGCAGCCAAUUAGGCCUCCCGCAAUGCACUAGCUCAGCAAAAAAAAGCAAAGAACAAAAAGGUUCAAAAAAGGGUUUCGUUUAUAUUAGCUAUGGAAAAUGCAAUGUACCCGCCGGCUGUUAAUAGCCCUUUUCCGUAGCAGAAGUGUAGUGUCUCAGUGUGGUGUGCAUGUGUGUGUGGUUGAGAAAUAGUAUCUAGAAGGUCUCCAAUCAAACAGUCAGUCCAUCUGAACCCAUCUGGCCUAGGCCAAAACAGUGUAUCGUAUAGCCUGCAAGUUAGUUGUUCAUCGGGACGACCAUCAGCACACUUACGCUCUUCAAUCAAUGCCCUGAUUGUUAGCAGCACACAAUUGUUCCUGUGCACGGGGAGAAGGAGGAAAAAAACAGCACACAGGACCGUACAGCGGAAGGAGCCUACUGACAUCUUUAACGUGAUGAUGAUGAAAAUGAUUUAGAAAGCAGCUCGGUACAGCGAGUCCACGUCCAGCGUCCGGUACAUCUGUUUGUUAUUGUUUAGCGACUAAGUUCGCCGCUGGAAAUUGUAAGCGCAAAGGGCCCAUAGAACCGGGCGCCAUGAUUGCACAGGCGAUACAGUACGCGGAUUAUUUCGCCCGUCCGAUGCGUAACGACACGUCAGUCCCGGGUGGUGGCGUUUACUCUGGUGGCGGUAACGUGACUGGGUUGGAUAGUGCGGCAACCAACGGGUCCAGCCCCGGGCCAGCCGGAACCGGCAGUGAUCUGUUUGAUAUGUACGCCCGCAACUAUCCGUACGUGUCGUCCACCGAGGAGCAGAACUACAUCGAGCAUCUGACCGAGAGCCUGCGCAAUCAGACGGGUGGUAAUCGAAGUUAUGGCGUGUACGAUUACGGGCUGGAAACGAUCCCGCUCGCCGAGUGUAGUAAUGCGUACUCGGCUGGACCAUACUUUCAGCUUACCAGCUACUUCCUGUACAUUACCAUCUUCGUGACCGCUGUCAUCGGGAACUCGAUCGUGCUGUUUAUCGUGCAGUCCAACCCACGGAUGCGCACGGUAACGAACUUCUUCAUCACGAACCUGGCCGUCGGUGAUCUGAUGAUGACGCUGUUCUGCGUACCGUUCACCUUCAUCUCGCUGUUCGUGCUGCAGUACUGGCCGUUCGGGUUGGCGAUGUGCCGGUUGGUGAACUACACGCAGGCGGUAUCGGUGCUGGUGAGCGCCUACACGCUGGUAGCGAUCAGUGGCGACCGGUAUAUUGCGAUUAUGUGGCCGCUCCGGCCACGCAUCACUAAGACCUGCUCCAAGUGUUUGAUCGGUAUCGUUUGGAUCAUCGCACUGAUAACGGCCGUCCCGAUCGCCAUCUUCUCGACGCUCUACUUUCCCACCGACUGGCAUGUGCAGUGUAACGUACCGAUCUGUGCGGAAAAAUGGCCUUCACCGGAGCAGGACGACUACUACACAAUCGCGCUGCUCACCACCCAGUUCAUCGUGCCGCUGGUCGUGCUGAUCUUCACCUACACACGGAUCGCGAUCGUGGUGUGGGGCAAACGGCCACCGGGCGAGGCAGAAAAUUCGCGCGACCAACGGAUGGCCAAAUCCAAGCGCAAGAUGAUCAAGAUGAUGGUUACCGUGGUGAUUGUAUUUACGAUCUGCUGGCUACCGUUUAACUUCCUGAUGGUGAUGAAGCUCCCUUCGUCCUGGGAUCUGCUGCCGUACUUCUGGUUCGCCUUCCACUGGCUGGCGAUGUCGCACAGCUGCUACAACCCGAUCAUCUACUGCUACAUGAACGCCCGGUUUCGCAGCGGCUUCAUCCUGGUGCUGCACGGUGUGCCGGGACUGCAGCAGAUUUGCUGCUGCAUACGCCACACGCCCCCGACCAUUGCACGCAACGUCGGUUCCAGCGUGGCCCUCGCCGGAAUCGAUGAAGUAUCGCAUCUGCAUCGAGUUAACACAUGCACCACAUACAUAAGCACCAGAAGGAAACCGAACCACAACGUACAGGUACAGUCGACGGAGACGUCCCUGCUACGGUGAUACCAGCAGAACUACGACUAGAGCGCACCCGUCACCGGCACCGGCAAGCUAUUUGGUGGUGGAAUCGGUGGUGCCGGUGCUGCACGGGCCACGCUCCAAGGACGGUCAGCUAAUGGCGGUAAUGGCGGGCCGGUCGGUGGUCAACGGAAGCGACGCACCUGUCAGAAUGGUGGCGGUGACGGUGAAUGGAGGAACGGUCCCAACCAGUGCAUCGAACUGAUCAUCAUGGAGACGAACGAGGAGCUUGCGGUUGCGGCCGAGGACAUGCCGAUUGCGGACGAACAGGCUGACGACGGUGCUGGUGUUCCGGUACCGUCCUCAUCCGAUCUCCCGGGAUAGGGCCCGUUGCACGUCCUGGCAUUUGGGGAAGCGUAGAUUUGUUGAUAUAAGUGAGGGAGAACAAAAAUCAAUUUGCUAUAUUUACACCCACUAUCGACAUACCUGAAACGUCUUUUACCAACUCAUCACCAACUUUGCUUCCGGAUCCGUACGUCAAUCCAUCCAUCCGUCCGCACAAGAAUCCAUUACCACAGCGUGUAGUACACACCACAUCUCGGUUUUCAUUGGAGAUCCCCUUUUUCGAGCGAUCCAGACGAAGAUGGAGAGAACGUAAAAUACUACUCAACUCAUGGGGUGUCUGGUGCUGACAGCGAGUCCUGCAAAGAUGAUUGCUGGUCGCCGGCGAACCCUGCAAAUGUAUAUUCCUUCUUCCUUCGCCGAUAGCAGUGAGAGUGUUUCAUCCUUUUUUUCACGAACGAAUCGGAACGAACAGGCACGCUAGAAAGAAGAAGCUGAUGCAUCCGCGGUUAAUGUGACACUGUGUUUCCCUUCCCACUGUGCGCGAAAAUGGAAGGUACAGAGCAGAGAGUAUUUGAAACACUACGAGCUAGAUAAGAAAGAUGGCGCUACCUAUAUACGAUGGCUCGUUGCCGUACAACAGUUAAGCUAAUCUAAUCUCCCGUUUUAUGCUGCUAGAAUUUAACAAACAAACAAACACUGAUCAACUAAAUUAGUGACAAAAGGCUGAUGUCGAUAAAUAGAGAUGCGUAAGGGUGCCGACCUCUGUGCAUAGCGCCAACGUGUCCCAUUUUGGUCCGAUUUUGGAGGAUGCGGUCCCCCGGGAUGGAUCAAUGGUCUGUGUCGCAUUAUCAACAAGUAAUAGUUAAACUACAUGUUCAGCGCCUCCGUGAUAAUGGACGACAGACGGAAAGUUGUAUAGAUCCAGCGCACGUCGUUUACAGCGAUCCAGCAAAUAACUUAAAAUCCGAUACACACUAUUCAUAUUCUCGGCAGGGCAAGUCUCGCCGUGCAUUUGAUGUUUACCAGAAGGUCUGGCCCGAAAUAGUUUAAAACUUUGACAAAAUUCAGAAAAAAAUAGAAGAAUAUUAACCAUCGAAAGAAAAUCGAUACCAGCUAGAACCCUUCCGGGUCUUCUUCAACACGCGGGCGAGAUAUUGCACCAAGAGAGAAGAAAAUGUUGCGUUAAUAUGUUUCAGUGUUUCAGCCCGCACGCUGUACGGACAAUUGACAAACUCUAUGGAAAUCAUGAAACCAAAACUAAUAAACCAGUAUUUUGUAUGUAUCCUCUUCUCAAUGGUAUUCAAGCAA